AUGGCGUUGGGGGGCUCGCACCCAGUAGAGAUCGACGAGGAUCUGCACAGUCGGCAGCUCGCCGUCUAUGGCCGCGAGACCAUGCGGAGGCUCUUCGCUUCCAGCGUCCUCAUUUCGGGGAUGCAGGGUCUUGGUGUUGAAAUUGGGAUGCGUGGGUGGUUUGCCACAUGGGUUUGGGGUUCUGAUGAGGGUAUUGGGGAUGGAGAUGCAAGGGUGAGCCACGUCAAAGAUACGAGCGGCCGUAGUGAGGUUGCCCGGUGGUGGGGAAAGGUUGAGGAAGUGAGGUGGUGGAGGCACAGUGAAGGGGAAAGUAAGGGGAGAGUGAUGAGGCUAAGAGUGAAUGGUGAGACGCGGAAAAUUCGUGGUCGCUGCCGCUUCUUCCUGUGGCAACAUCAACAUACAUUAUCCAUUUCGACAAAUGGUGACCCGAAAAAGUGCGGGGACACAAGGUACGAGCUUGGUUGUGAAGAUAAUGUUAAGGUUUUGUAUCUGUACUCUGCUAAAUACCAUGUGCAGGCCAUCAACUACAAUAAUUACACAGCGAGAGUGGUUGAUCCUGUGCUUCAACACAACUGCUCCUUUUCUACCUCCUUCAAAUUGGUAUAG